AUAUGAUUAUGACUGAUGUCAAAAAAAUUUAAAAUCCGGCUGAUACGGCCUGGAUAGAUUUUGAUGUGAUUUUUUAAAUACCGUACAAUGUGCUUGAUCAUUUCUUAAAGUGAAAUACGGUGAACAUUCCUAAACAUGAUAAACCUAGUUCCAAUCAGACAAUUAUGUUUAAAAUCAAUACCUACAAUUGCUGAAAGGCCAAACUUUAUGGUCUCUUGUGUUAGGUCUUCACAAAAGAAGACCUUUUCAACCGAUUCCAAGAAAGUUGAUCUAGAAAAGCGAAGGAAAGAAAUUAUGUCAAAGGGCCUUCCAAAGCAGAAACCUAUUAAUGGGGUGAAACAAAUAGUUGUGGUUGCUUCAGGCAAAGGUGGUGUAGGGAAAAGCACUACAGCAGUAAAUUUAGCUACAUCUCUAAAACUGAACUGUCCAACAAGAGUAUUGGGAUACUUGAUACUGAUGUCUUUGGCCCUACUAUACCACUGUUGAUGAAUCUAGAUGACACACCUCUGUUAACAAAGGAAAACCUCAUGAAACCCCUCACAAACUAUGGCAUUCAAUGGUAAGCAUCACAUAAUCGGAUGUUUCUAUGCCUUAUUUCUUUAUAAAAAGACUUUACAGUAUGUCCAUGGGGUUUUUGAUAGAAAAAGGGUCACCAAUUAUUUGGAGGGGCCUCAUGGUGAUGCAGGCUUUGGAGAAACUGAUGAGACAAGUAGAUUGGGGUGAAAUUGAUUAUCUUAUUGUUGAUACACCACCUGGUACUGGCGAUACUCUAUUAAGCAUCAUACAGAAUCUUCCCAUAGCAGGUGUGGUUCUUGUGACAACCCCGCAAUCAGCAGCAUUGGAGGUAACCAAAAGAGGUGCAGUUAUGUUCAAAAAACUCAACGUGCCUUUAAUAGGCAUUGUGGAAAAUAUGAAGUAUGUCAAAUGCACGUCUUGUCAAAGCAACAUAAAAGUUUUCGGAGAUGGAACAUCAAAACUAGCUGAAGAGAUUGAGUGUGAUAUUUUGUCAAGUAUACCUUUAGAAGGUUGUAUAUCUGCAAGUGCAGAUGAAGGUAUACCAGUAGUAUUAAGUGGAAAAAAUAAUGAUAUUGAAGAUUGUUAUAAAAGGAUAGGAGACAGUUUAAUUGCAUUCUGUGAGAAAAAUAAAUAAAUUGUCAAUUUGAGUUUGUUUUUUAACCAAUCCAUGAAUAUAAAUGUCUG